CACCUCUAUUUCCAGACUCAUCUCUCUCCCUCUAUUUCUCGGCGAACAAAAGAAUAAUAAUAUAUAAUAGUUUUAGCAACAGACAGAAAUUAGUGACUGAUAGAACAGAGUACAUAUAGAAGAAGAAAUAACAAGAUAUGGGUGUGGAUUACUAUAAGAUAUUGAAGGUGGAUAAGAAUGCAACAGAUGAGGAUUUGAAGAAAGCUUAUAGAAAACUGGCCAUGAAAUGGCACCCAGACAAGAAUCCCAACAACAAGAAAGAAGCUGAGGCAAAAUUCAAAGAGAUUUCUGAAGCCUACGAGGUUUUAAGUGAUUCCCAGAAGCGGGCCAUCUAUGAUCAAUAUGGUGAAGAAGGCCUAAAAGGUCAAGUGCCGCCACCAGGUGCUGGUGGUACUGGUCCUGGAGGUGCUACAUUUUUCCAGACAGGAGAUGGACCUAACGUAUUUCAUUUCAAUCCGAGAAAUGCCAACGAUAUUUUUGCUGAAUUCUUUGGCUUUUCGAGUCCAUUUGGAGGGAUGGGUGGUGGUGGUGGCAUGAGGAGUGGUGGUACAAGGUUUUCUAGUUCAAUGUUUGGUGACGAUAUAUUUAGUUCAUUUGGAGAGGGUAGACCGAUGAGUUCAGCCCCGAGGAAGGCACCACCAAUUGAACAAACAUUGCCUUGUAGCCUGGAAGAGCUUUACAAGGGCACCACAAAGAGAAUGAAGAUUUCCAGAGAAAUAGCUGAUGCCAGUGGGAAGACCUUACCCGUAGAAGAGAUUCUUACCAUUGAUAUCAAACCUGGCUGGAAGAAGGGGACAAAAAUCACAUUCCCGGAGAAAGGAAAUGAACAACCAAAUCUUGUUCCAGCGGAUCUAGUAUUUAUAGUCGAUGAGAAGCCACAUAGCGUCUUCACGAGGGAAGGUAACGAUCUCAUUGUUACGCAGAAAAUAUCGCUUGCUGAAGCAUUAACAGGAUACACAGUCCGUCUCACAACACUUGACGGGAGGACCUUAACUAUACCCAUCAGCAAUGUUAUUCAUCCCAACUAUGAAGAGGUUGUGCCCAAAGAAGGAAUGCCUAUUGCAAAAGAACCCUCAAGAAGGGGCAAUCUGAGGAUCAAAUUCAAUAUGAAGUUCCCAACUCGGUUGACAGCUGAGCAGAAAUCUGGUAUCAAGAAACUACUUGCCCCUUGAUCCAAAUAGCAACUCCUUGCUACUAGUAUAUGAUGUUUCCUUGUAAAAUUACUCUUUCUGUUUUUAGUUUGUUUUGUCUGAAUUAGGGGAGUCCCCUUCUAAGAAUGACAUUGAGUUGCAUGGUAAGUUUCCCUUAAUAUGCCUUGUUCGGAAAAAGACAACACAAAUAAGAUUGCUGCUUGCCAUUAAAUAUUGCUUAAUGCUGGAAAUAUUAGUUAGCAAGUGGUCUCUUUU